AUGUUAGCCAACGUCUCCAAGAACAUCAAAGCAACUCCAAAGAAGUUUGUUAGAUACAACUCUAACAAGGUGCAAGGUACCGUUAUUGGUAUCGAUUUAGGUACUACCAACUCUGCCGUUGCAGUGAUGGAAGGUAAGACCCCAAAGAUUAUUGAAAAUGCGGAAGGUUCAAGAACUACUCCUUCUGUUGUUGCCUUCACCAAGGAUGGCGAAAGAUUAGUUGGUAUUCCAGCAAAGAGACAAGCUGUUGUUAAUCCUGAAAACACCCUCUUUGCUACCAAGAGAUUGAUUGGUAGAAGAUUUGAAGAUGCUGAAGUUCAACGUGACAUUAAGGAGGUUCCUUACAAGAUUGUCAAGCAUACCAAUGGUGAUGCUUGGGUUGAAGCUAGAGGUGAAAGAUAUUCUCCAGCUCAAGUUGGUGGGUUUGUUUUAAAUAAAAUGAAGGAAACUGCAGAAGCUUAUCUUGGUAAGCCAGUUAAAGAUGCAGUUGUUACUGUUCCAGCUUAUUUCAAUGAUUCACAAAGACAAGCAACCAAGGAUGCAGGUGCAAUUGUUGGUUUAAAUGUUGCAAGAGUUGUCAAUGAACCAACUGCAGCAGCAUUAGCCUAUGGUUUAGAGAAGGAUGAUUCUAAAGUUGUUGCUGUUUUCGAUUUAGGUGGUGGUACUUUUGAUAUUUCAAUUUUAGAUAUUGAUAAUGGUGUUUUCGAAGUUAAAUCUACUAAUGGUGAUACCCAUUUAGGUGGUGAAGAUUUUGAUAUUGCAUUAGUUAGAUAUAUUGUUGAAGAAUUUAAAAAGGAAUCCAACAUUGAUUUGAAUGGUGAUAGAAUGGCAAUUCAAAGAAUUAGAGAAGCUUCUGAAAAGGCGAAAAUUGAAUUAUCUUCUGCACUUUCAACUGAGAUUUCCUUACCAUUUAUUACUGCAGAUGCAACUGGUCCAAAACAUAUCAACUUAAAGAUGACUAGAUCUCAAUUGGAAAAGUUGGUUGAACCAUUAAUUAAAAAGACUUUUGAACCUUGUAAGAAGGCAUUAAAGGAUGCUAACUUGAAUGCAUCUGAAGUUGGUGAAGUUAUUCUGGUUGGUGGUAUGUCAAGAAUGCCAAAAGUUAUUGAAACUGUUAAGGAGAUUUUCGGUAAAGAACCUUCCAAAGCUGUCAAUCCAGAUGAAGCUGUUGCUAUUGGUGCAGCAAUUCAAGGUGCAGUUUUAUCAGGUGAAGUUAAGGAUGUUUUAUUAUUGGAUGUUACACCAUUAUCUUUAGGUAUUGAAACUUUAGGUGGUGUUUUCACAAGAUUGAUUCCAAGAAAUACAACUAUUCCAACAAAGAAAUCCCAAGUUUUCUCAACUGCUGCAGAUGGUCAAACAUCUGUUGAAAUUAGAGUCUUUCAAGGUGAAAGAGAAUUAGUUAGAGAUAAUAAAUUGAUUGGUAAUUUCACACUUGCAGGUAUUCCACCAGCUCCAAAGGGUGUUCCACAAAUUGAAGUUACCUUUGAUAUUGAUGCAGAUGGUAUUAUCAAUGUUUCUGCUAAAGAUAAGGCAUCUGGUAAGGAUUCUUCUAUUACUGUUGCAGGUUCUUCUGGUUUGACUGAUUCUGAAAUCGAGAAGAUGGUCAAUGAUGCAGAAAAAUUCAAGGAUCAAGAUAAGGCAAGAAAGGAAGCCAUUGAACAAACCAACAAGGCUGAUCAAUUAUGUAAUGAUACCGAGAAAUCCUUGACUGAAUUUGGUGAUAAGUUGGAUAAGACUGAUGCAGAAGUAGUCAAGAAGCUCAUUUCCGAAUUGAGAGAAUUGGUUGUUAAGGUUAAUGGUGGUGAAACCGUUGAAGUUGCCGACAUUAAGACCAAGUAUGAUGAAUUACAACAAUCCUCCUUGAAGUUAUUUGAAAAGAUGUACAAGAAUCAAAGUUCUGAAGACUCUUCAAACACCGACUCAAAGAAUUAA